CAGAUAGGCUAGGAGAGGGGUGCUUAGCCAUCCCAGCUUUUUGUCUGACGUGGCUCCAUUCCACUGGGACACCUGAUGCUUGAGCCUUGUUCCUCUCCCUGACUCAGGGACCUCUUAGCUACCACAGCAAGGCCUGACGGGGACCUGAGGUGACUGCUUUCACGCUGCCAGUGGGGGACCCAGUCCUCAGGAUGUUCCAGGGGGAAUAGGAGCCGGAAUCAGAGCCUCUAACCCAUUCCAGUAAUGGGGUCCCCAAUGAGUCAUCUUCUGGCUGGCCUGUGUGUGUGGGUGGCCUUGGGCUGGGUAGGGGGCUCAGCCCCCAACCUGGGUCCUGCUGAGCAAGAACAGAACCAUUACCUGGCCCAGCUGUUUGGCCUGUAUGGGGAGAAUGGGACGCUGACUGCAGGGGGCUUAGCACGGCUUCUCCACAGCCUGGGGCUAGGCCAGGUUCAGGGGCUUCGCCUGGGACACCAUGGCCCUCCAGUUGGUCGGGCUCAACACCCAGCUGGAGACAAUUCCACACACAGGUCCCAGGACCCGGAGCUGAGUGUGGCCAUCUGGGCAGGGCUGCCUCUAGGUCCCUCAGGGUGGGGCAACCUGGAGGAGCCAAACACUCUCCCGCCACCCAAUGGACCAGGCCCCUCGGGCCUGGACCUCUUUCACAGGCUUCUGCUGCUGGACCAUUCGCUGGCUGACCAUCUGAAUGAGGAUUGUCUGAACGGCUCCCAGCUGCUGGUCAAUUUCGGCCUGAGCCCUGCGGCUCCCCUGACCCCCCGUCAGUUCGCAUUGCUGUGUCCAGCCCUGCUCUAUCAGAUCGACAGCCGCGUCUGCGUCCAGGCCCCAGCCCCGAACCCCCCAGGGGAUCUACUCUCUGCUCUGGUCCAUAGUGCCCUGGCAGUCCUGCUACUCAGCCUCCCUGCUCCUCUCUCCCUGCUGCUGCUGCGGCUCCUGGGGCCUCACCUGCUGCAACCGCUGCUGGGCUUCCUCGGGGCCCUGGCCGUGGGCACUCUCUGUGGGGAUGCACUGCUACACCUGUUGCCACAUGCACAAGGAGGGCAGCACGCUGGACCAAGCGGGGGACCAGAGGGCUCAGGGCCAGGACUGUCCGUGCUCGGAGGCCUCUCCCUGCUCUUCGCGCUGGAGAACAUGCUAGGGCUUUGGCAGCGCCGCGGGCUCUGGCCAAGAUGCUGCAGGCGAAAAAGAAAGGAUCUCGCAACAGCAAACCUGGACCCAGAGGAUGGCAGUGGAAUGGCCCUUCAGCCCCUACAGGCAGCUUCAGAGCCAGGGGCUCAGGGAUCCAGAGAACAGGACAGCCAGCCCCCACCAGCCCCAGCCCCUCCUAGGCACCAGGGCCACAGUCAUGGACACCAGGGUGGUAGUGGCAGCAAUUUAACAUGGAUGGUCCUCUUGGGAGAUGGUCUGCACAACUUCAUGGAUGGGCUGGCCAUAGGUGCUGCCUUCUCAGAUGGCUUCUCCAGCGGCCUCAGCACCACCCUAGCAGUCUUCUGCCAUGAGCUCCCCCACGAACUGGGUGACUUUGCAAUGCUGCUCCGGGCAGAGCUGCCUUUUCGGCAGCUGCUGCUGCUGAGCCUGGUGUCUGGAGCCCUGGGACUUGGGGGUGCAGCCCUGGGGGUGGGGCUCAGUUUGGGCCCUGUCCCCCUUACUCCCUGGGUGUUUGGGGUCACUGCUGGGGUCUUCCUCUAUGUGGCCCUUGUGGACAUGCUACCGGCCCUGCUUCGUCCUCCUGAGCCCCUCCCCACACUUGAGGCACUACUGCAGGGCCUGGGGCUGCUGCUGGGGGGCAGCCUCAUGCUCACCAUAGCCCUGCUGGAGGAGCAGCUACGGCCUCUGGUCUCUGAAGGCUGAUGGGGGCCAGUGGAAAGGCAUCCAGUUGCUCUUCCUUCCCUCCAGCCACAGGAAUGCAAGCGGGACACAGGGCCAGUAGGAGCAAUAGGAUUUUAAUAAACAGAACCCAUCCCAAA